GGCGGAUGUACGUGUCCUGACCGGAGAUGAAGAUUCCUCUGUCUUGAGGGGUUGAUCUCGGGGAGCCGCCUUUAGUGGCCGGCCGUCCUUGGCCCCGCCGCGUCGGCCAUGGACAUGGAGAGGGGGGCGGGAAGCGAGCAGGGGUCGCCCGAUAGCGAAAUGGGCGAAGGCGACAACGAUAGCGUCGGCUACGGCGCGGAGAUGGAGGUGGACGCCGGGAGCGGCUCGGCUCCGGCGAGCUCGGCGUCCGCAUCGGCCUCGGUCUCCGCGUCGGCGUACGCGGCGCGCGCCGGCGCCUUCGACGGGGUCGACCCUUUCGAGGGCAUGGAGUUCGACGACGAGGAGGACGCCUGGACGUUCUAUAACGUCUACGCCCACCGCGUGGGCUUCAGCACCCGGAUCAGCGUCAUGCACCGGUCGCGCCGGGACGGCUCCGUCAUGUCGCGCCAGUUCGUCUGCGCCAAGGAGGGCUUCCGCACUUACCGCGGGAAGAAUGAGGUUUCCCGUGCUGAUGCCGCAGACGCUGGCGACGACGAUAGUGGGAGGGGUCGGAGGACACGCGCUGUCACCCGGGUUGGCUGCAAGGCCAUGAUCCGGGUGAAGAAGCAGGACAAUGGCCGCUGGAGUGUGACUAAGCUGGAGACUGCACAUAACCAUCCCCUGGUCCCCACGAACCAGGCACACUGCCUGCGUCCGCACAAGCCACUGUCGGAGUGUGGAAAGCACCGUCCUUUUGGGGGCCAUCGAAAUGGCGGCUCGCUUCUGGCAAUUGAGCCACCGCCACCACCUCUUACGCCGCCUGUGCCUCACACAAGCGUAGCUCAAGUGGUUCCUCAGUAUUUUUCGGAUGGUAUCGGGAAUGCCACUAGAGUAAUUUUGGAUUAUGUCAAACGCAUGCAAGCUGAAGAUCCAGCGUUCUUUUAUGCCAUGCAAUUUGUUGAGGGGCGUCCAGUGGGUAAUGUGUUUUGGGCUGAUGCGAGGGCUAGGACGACAUACAAAGACUUUGGAGAUGCCGUUGUCUUGGAUGACUACUGCAAAAGGAGCAAGCAUGAACUGCCACUUGUCGCUUUUACUGGAGUUAAUCACCAUUGCCAGCCAAUCCUAUUUGGCUGUGCCAUCAUGGCACAUAACAAUGAAGUAUCCUUUGUUUGGUUGUUUGAGACAUUUCUCUUAGCAAUGUCUGGAUGCCACCCUACAUCUCUUAUUAUGGAGCAUGAUAAUGUUUUAAAACCAGCUGCUUUGAAAGUAUUUCCUCUAACUAGGCUCCAGUUUUGUAAGUGGCACAUCAUGAACGAAGCACAUGAUAAGCUGUCAUAUCUCCUAGAUGCAUUUCCAUCAUUCCAUGACGACUUUAUUAAUUGCAUCAAUAUGUCUGAGACAAUAAAUGAGUUUGAAGAAAAUUGGAAGGCAUUAAUUUCUAAGGCCAGCUCUCAAAAAAGUGAAUGGCUUGACUUGGUGUACAAUUGCCGUCAUCAUUGGGUCCCGGUAUAUCUGAGAGAUACAUUCUUUGGGGAUGUGUCGUUAAAGCUGCAGUGUUCUAGCAGGAGUUCGUUGUUUGAAGGUUAUAUUAGUGCCAAAACUGAUUCACAGUCAUUCAUUCAGCAAUAUGAAAAAGCUUUAGACUGUUGUUAUGAGAAGGAGGUGAAGGAAGAAUUUGAAACAAAAUAUUCACUUCCGGAUAUUAAGACAUCAUCUCCUAUAGAAAAGCAAGGAGCAGAGUUAUAUACGAGGUCAAUGUUUUUGAAAUUCCAACAGGAAUUGAUAUGUGCCACUGCUUACACUGCUGAAAUGGUGAAAGAGGAGGGCAAUGCUUCAAUUUAUACAGUGGCCAUAUCUGAAGGAAGUGAGAAGUCUGUAACAGUUCAGUUCUGUUCUUCUGGAAGUUCUGCGACAUGUAGCUGUCGGAUGUUUGAAUAUUUUGGUAUUGUCUGCAGGCACAUACUUACUGUGUUUGGUGUAAGAGGUGUCUCUGCACUUCCUUCUCAUUAUUUUGUAAAAAGAUGGACAAAGAAUGCAUUGGAUAGAAGCUUAGGCAAGAAUGUUGAUGAAGUUAGCAGAGAGGAGCUCAAGGAGGAGCCAAGAAGUAGCGCUGAAGAUGGUGAGCAAUCCCUGACAUGGCGUUACAACAGUUUGUGUCAUGAAGCACUAAGGUAUGCUGAAGAGGGAGCAUCAUCAUUAGAGGUUUAUAUUGUGGCGAUGCAAGCUCUUCAAGAGGCUGCUAACAGGGUUAAUAUGGCCAAGAGAGGUAUUGGACAGGUAGCACCAUUAGCGGUAAUGCCAAUUGCAGCACAACCACCAGAAAGUUUUGCAAGAAAUCAGGAGAUUACUUCCAAUAAGCAAAAGAAGAGAAAAAAGAAUUCAAGUAGCUCAAGGGAGAACGCCACAUCAAAUCAACUUAUGUAUGUGCGACAACCUGUUAAUUUUCUUUUUGUUGCUCCUGGUUCAUCAAGUGCUUUACAAGGGCCUAGUCAACUAGUUGCUGCUCCUCCUGUUUCUUUGAGUAGCAAAUAUGGACAAACAUCUGGUGCAAAUAAUUCAGUAGAUGACAAUAUACCUCCUGCUUCUGUAGUUGAUAAGUUUUCUGGGUUACCUGACCAAAAUGCACCAGCAACUUCAACUGGAAAUCUGCAAGGUGGAGUAACAAAAUCCAUAGGGGCUGAUUCACGAAUAAAAGAGGAUUGUUGUGGCAAAUCCAGAUUAAGUGGGCACUAUGGUGGGUUUGAUAUUUUCUAUCAGGAUAUCAGUGCAUAUUGGUUUUUCUUGGAUAUGGUAUGAUGAGCUGCAUGGAUACAUCAGGUCACCCGCUCCUGUAUCCCAUAAUGGAUACAUGUGGGAUAUGGUAUGGAGACCAAGGUUUUAAAGUCGGCGAGUCGACCCUAGUCACCUAAGCACCAAUAAGGCGACUAAUCGCGAUUAGUCAUCGAUUUGCUCGAUAAAUCGAGCCUAGUCGACUCCUAGUCGUCCACCUAUAUCAAGAUCAUAUGUAUAAAUAUAUAUCAAUAUAUAUAGCUGUAGCAGUACUGCAAUACAACAGUACACUAUAGUUGUAGCAGGACAACAAUAUAUUAUAGCUGUAGCAGAACAACAGACUCUGAAAGUCUAAACUGUGAACUCAGAAGAAGUCUGAACUCUGAAGUUCUCUGGACGCCGAAGUCUGAACUCUGAAUUUCUGAUUUCUGAAGUUCAGAACAGACCCUAAACUAAUUCACUCUGAAGAAGUUUAAUGGAGGAGGCGGAGUGGAUCAAUGGAGGACGGCCGUGCGCUGGAGGGUGGACUCCGGUGGAGGCCUGGAGCAGAGGCGGGCACCACACACUGGAGGGGCUCGAGCAGAGGCCUCUGCAGCAGCCACGUGCUGGAGCAGAGGGGGUGCAACCCGAGCAGAGGGUCGCCGGAGCAGAGGGGGCACAGUCGCGCGUUGGAGAAGGGCUACAGAGGGUGCGCAGCCACGGGCUGGAGAAGGGACGAUGGCUACUGUGGUACAGGUAGGGGCGUAGGGCAACACAGGUUUUCUACUUUCUGCAGAGAUGGUUGGCCGCCCGCCGGCCCAUAGAACAAAGGACGAAUUACUGGCCCAAAACAGGUGUUUUUUGGAUAUGGCCCAGUCCAGUAGGCCUGCUAUAAUCCUCGACUCCUCUGCGCAUCACACAGCAGGGAUCUAGGCAGCCAGCGACACAACACGCAUGCCACCGCCUUCCCGCUCGACUUCCUGCUCACCCAGCCAUCUGCCCAUCCUGCCCGCGAGGAGAUCCAAUGCCAGCAGCAUUCUCAAGCAGGCUGCGGCUGUGAUGACACACAUCACCUGCAAGGCACACACCACAAAUUUGUGGACGCCUCAUGCAUGCAGCGCCUCAACGAACUUCACCACCCACAGGCGAUAAAUCAACAUCAAGCUGGAGAUGAGUUAGCGGUGAUUUCUUCCCUGUUUCCUCUCCUCUCCUCUCCUAUAGCCUCUUCCUGCCAUGUUCCUCAUGUCAAAUUAAUCUCGACUGGAACUGGAAUUGAAAGGGGAAAGGGAUUGGAUCAGUGAUUUACUCAUCUCCUACAAGCUUGAAGCCUCUCCCCAAGUUAAAAAAAAAUGAUGUACUUAUUUGAAUCCUCCAUCAAUUGGACAAGUUCUACUUCUGCACUAUGCACAUACAUGUUCUCAUUUGGAUUUUGCAAGUUUGACCUUUGAGAUUUGGAUGGAGAUGCUGGUCAGGCUUGGCUCUUGGAGUGUUGACUACAUGGAAAUAUGGAAAAGAUGAGCAGAACAACACAAUUGAAAGAAUGAGACAAUUUCAAGUUCCUGCUAGUGUGUUGCAGCUUUUAGAAUUUUAAUUGAUUUAUUAUUUAUCUAUUAAAAAACUUAAAAUGUAUGCACGUGUUGUUUUUUUAUAGAAAUUUUGAUGUAUCCACGUGUCUGUAUCCUUGCUGCAUAGAUGGCAUGUUUUCCUGGUAACUAUCUCAGUGGAGUGUGAGAAAUAUGUUAUUCUUCCCACUUUUAGUCCCAGGGCUGACAUUUCAGAAAUGUUGCAUGCCAUUUAUUGCAGUUGUAGCAUAUUUUUAUCUUUAACUUUAGGUAAGUAUUAUUAGCUUAUGUGACUUUCAGAAGGGUAGGCCUGAUGCUUAGAUAAGAGCUGUCUCACUGAGUCAUCAAGUCACGAGUUCGAAGUAGUCUCUCCGCAUUUGUGGGGGAAAGGUUUGCGUCGGUUUAUCCUUUUCCCAGACACCACUCAUGUGCCCGCCUUCGGCUAGCGUAAUGCUUAAGGCUUUCGAGUAGCACCUCCAGGUCACGGGUUCCCUUCGAGGGCGAAUUUCGGGUUUGGUUAAAAAAAAUCCCCUCGUUGUGUCCCGUCCGCUCCUGGUUACGUCCUGCGCGCCACCCUUCGGCUGGCCCGUUGCAGAGUGGGCGGUGACGGCCCGCUAGUGAUGGGGGCCAGGGUUCUUGGAUUUUCUCGGCCGGGACCAUGUUUAGUCUCUUCUUAGUAUAAUACCGGGGGCCGGUCUUUCCCUCCCCGGCCGAUUUUUUUUUGUUGGGUCUGCCUUGCCCUUACUUGACUCUCAUUCUUUAGGUGAAAGAAAUUGUUUGAUGUCUUCGUUUGAGCCAAAUUGUUAUUUGCUGCAAGCAUGUAAUAUGGUUUUCUUGACAUCUUAUGGGUAUCAUAUUGCCUCUUUCAUUUGUGUCAUUCCAUCAAACAUUUUAUCUUUGGUCCUCUCUUUAGGUACCUUUGCAUACGAACUUAGCGCGGCAGCUUAGUUCCCAGUUAUUACUGAGAGAGACUAUAAAAUUCCUUAUUAUAAGCCUCGGCUUACAGCUUAGUUUAGCUGCAAUAUCUUCUUUUGCACUCGUCGC